AACUUCUUUAGUAUUAUAUGAUUGAAUCUGCUCAUAUUUUAUUUAGGCGUUUCAUCCGUUUUAGGGUUUCGAUCGAUCAAGUUGGAUAAUGGCGAGCACCGUCGAUGUCACAAGUGAUCCGAUCCCAACGUCUUCGGUCUUGAUGGCGUCGGCAAAUCACAUAGCGAGCAGAUGCAGGAACGAGAACGUUGCAUUCAUCAAGUGCAAGAAAGACGAUCCAAAUCCUGAAAAAUGUCUCGACAAAGGGAAGCAAGUAACGCGAUGUGUCUUUGGACUGCUGAAGGAUUUGCAUGAGAGGUGCACAAAGGAGAUGGACGCUUAUUCUGGUUGUAUGCAUUACCACACAAACGAGUUUGAUUUUUGUCGUAAAGAGCAGAAGGAAUUUGAGAAAGCUUGCCCUUUUCCAUAAGUGUUAUUAGUUGCAGCAAAAUUUCAGCCCAUAAUAAAUUAAAAUAAGCAAGAUUGAUUCUUGGGAAUGCAUCAGUUCUUUUGUUUAAAGUUCCCUUUGUAUGAAAGAGAUUGCAAUGCCUAAAUAUUAUUGUAUUGU